CAUUGCUGUAAAUUAAAACGCUUUAAAUAGGAAUAAACAAAAACAGAGACCAUGGCCGACUCGGAUGAUGAGUACGAUCGUAAACGCCGUGAUAAAUUCCGUGGAGAACGCAGUUCUGGGGACAGUUAUCGUUCGGAAAGACGUGACGAUCGCAGAACCGGUGCUGGCAGUGCUGCUGGCGGCCGAGAUGAUUGGCCCGAACGAGGUAAUCCAUUUAGAGGAGGAGCUGGUGGCCGACCACGGCCAGAUUAUCGCGACUAUCGCGGAGCUAGAGAUCGCUACUCACCGGAUAGAGAAAUGCCGCCGGCAAAACGCAUGAGACCCGGUUGGGGUGAUGAUCUAAGGGCCAAUCACAGAUAUGGACCUUAUGAUCCCUAUUUAUUGCAUGCCUGGAAUGAACAUUAUGCUGCCCAUAGCUUACACAGUGCCUAUGGCGCGGGCUUAGCUCACGGUGCUCAUCCCCGAGAAUCUGCUGCCAACAGUGAUAUGCAAACACAACCCGCCAUGAUGACUCUAAAACAAUUCUUGGACACACAAGACGAUGGCAUAUCAGAUACAGAAGUUCUGCGUAAAUACAAUGAAUACAAGUUGGAAUUCAAACGUCAACAGUUGAAUGAAUUCUUUGUUGCCCACAAAGACGAGGAAUGGUUCAAAAAUAAAUAUCACCCAGUGGAUAGCGUGAAACGUAAAGAUGAACAAUUAAAUUUCCUAAAGAGACGCGUAGAAGUGUUUGAGGAACUAUUACAAAACGGUAUGAUACAAAGUGUUACCGUAGACACAAAUCAAACAGAUCCACUGCUGCGAGUCCUAGACACUGUCGUAAUCAAAUUAGAAGGCGGCACAGAUGAAGAUCUUAAAAUCUUAGACGAAAAGCCCAAAGAGGCCUCUUAUCCUGAACGUAUAUUUGACAAGAAGGGUGACGAUGAUGAUGUUAUUAUCACCUCGGUUGAAAAGAAGGAUGACGAUGAACCCAAGUGUGUAUCACCCAAAGCCACACGACGCCACAGUGGCUCUGAUAAUGAAGAGAAUUGGGAUGAUGAGUCUAAAACAAAGAAAGAAGAGAAAAAGAAGAAAUCUCUCAAAAGAAAACGCACCAGCGAAGAAAACAAAGAAAAGCCCACAGAAGAUACAGAUAAGGUGAAAUCUGUCGAUGAAGAAUCUGAAAAGAAAGCUGAAAGCGACAAUGAAGACAAGAAACUUGUUGAGAAUGGCAAUGAAGAAGAAAUGAAGGAUGCUGUUAAAGAUGAAGUGGAGGAGGCUAAAUCAAAUGGCAAUGAUGCUGAUGUCAGCAUGGAGGAAAAGAAAAAUGAUGAAGAGGCAGAAGAAAAGCCCGAGGUGAAAAAGGACGAAGAAAAUGAACAGAAAGACGAAGAGGGUGUUGAAACUGAAACCUCCGCAGAAGAUAAAAAGGCCGUAGAAGAUGAACAGCCAGAAACCAUUGAUUUGGACAAAGUUAAAGAUGGUCCUCAGCCACGUGCUUUACAUCGCACUUCAUCGAUCUUUUUGCGUAACUUGGCACCAUCCAUUACUAAAAGUGAAAUAGAGGCGGUGUGUCAAAAAUUCGAUGGUUUCCUGAGAGUGGCUAUUGCUGAUCCAUUGGUAGAACGACGUUGGUAUCGUCGUGGUUGGGUUACCUUCAAGCGUGAUGUGAACAUCAAGGAAAUUUGUUGGAGCUUAAAUAACACACGUCUACGUGACUGUGAAAUGGGAGCCAUUGUUAAUAGGGAUCUUAGUCGAAGGGUGAGGCCGGUAAACGGCAUGACUGCCCACAAGACUGUGGUGAGGGCCGAUAUUAAAUUGUGUGCGAAAAUUGCCAUGAAUUUGGAUGAAAAGUUUAAUCUUUGGAAUAACACAACAUCAGAUGCCCACAAUACAUCAAACUCCUCGAACUAUGGCUUUAAAACCAAUAAUCCAGUUCUACAAAACAUUACCGACUUCCUCAUCGAGGAAGCCUCUGCCGAGGAGGAAGAACUUUUGGGCAUUUCCGGUGAAAACAAGGAAAGCGAAGGUGAAGCCAUCGAAAGAGAUCCCCAAUUGAUUUCCGUUCUGGACAAUCUCAUUCUGUAUUUGAGAAUUGUUCACUCGGUGGAUUUCUACAAUCACUGUGAAUAUCCCUACGAAGAUGAAAUGCCCAAUCGUUGUGGCAUAAUCCAUGCACGCGGACCCCCACCCUCGAAAGUCUCACAGAAUGACCUGCAAGACUACAUCAAGAAUUUUGAAAAUAAAAUGCAAACAUUCUUAGCCAAAACCACAACAAUCGACGAGGAAGAACUGAAGAAUUUGGGAGCUAAAGAUGCCGAAAAUGAAGUGGAGAAAUUCAUACAGGCCAAUACCCAAGAAUUGGCCAAAGACAAGUGGUUGUGUCCGCUGUCGGGCAAGAAAUUCAAAGGUCCCGAAUUUAUACGCAAGCAUAUAUUCAACAAGCACGGCGAAAAGGUGGAGGAGGUACGCAAAGAGGUGGAGUUCUUUAAUAACUAUUUGAAGGAUCCCAAGAGGCCGCAGUUACCAGAGCAUCCUGGUAAUAAUAAGAGGACAACAUCGGAAUCGAGUGGAGGUUACAGAGCCCCUGUAUAUCCACCGGCUGCUUACGCACCACCCUAUGCUGCCUACGCACCUCCCCUAAUGAUACCAGGACGUGGUGGUCGUGGUUUUGGAGGUCCCGGACGAAGAGACUUGCCCAUAGAACAUCAACGUCGUAUUAUCGGUUAUCAUGAUUUGGAUGCUCCGGCCAAUUUCGAUAUGUUUGACUAGACAACAAACCUAAAACAAAACAAACACAACAACGACGAGGACGUAAUGACCAUGACCAGUUUGUUGUUGUUGUAAUCGAUGAUUGAUGUUAAGGCUAAAAGUUGUCGUCCUCCUCUCUUUGUUUUCUAUUUAUAUAUAGACA